AUGUCAUCUAUGGAUCUGAAACUCCUCACCCUCUUCCUCUUUCUCAUUGUCAUUGGAAGCCUAGGAAAUCUCUCCCUUUUACGGCAUUCUAUCUGCCUUUAUUUCAGUGGAUGCAGGUUGAAGUUCACAGAUGUGAUUCUCAGGCACCUGACAGUGGCCAACCUCUUGGUCAUUCUCUCCAGAGGAAUCCCAGAAAUCAUGGCAGCUUUUGGGGUGGAAGACUUUCUCAAUAGUAUUGGAUGCAAACUGGUUUUCUAUGUUCAAACAGUGGGCAGGGGUGUGUCUUUCAGCACCACCUGUCUGCUGAGUGUCUUCCAGGCCAUCACCAUCAGCCCCAGGAGCUCCAGGUGGGCAGAGCUGAAAGGGAAAGCCCUAAAGUUCAUUAGACCCUAUCCAAAUAUUUUCUGGGCACUGUACAUGCUGGUAAACAUCAGAGUUCCUAUGCUUGUGAGUGACAAAAGGAGCAAGACAAACAUCACUAACACUAUAGAUUACCAGUACUGUUCAGCUAUGAUUUCUAGCAAAGACAAAAACUCCAUUUAUGUGGCACUCAGAUUAUCACAUGACAUUCUGUGUUUGAAACUUAUGAUCUGGAGCAGUGGCUCCAUGGUUUUCAUGCUGUACAGGCACAAGCAGCAAAUGCAACAUAUUGACCGACCCAAAAUCUCAUCAAGGUCUUCCCCUGAGGUCAGAGUUUCUCAAAGAAUCCUCAUCCUGGUCUGUGCCUUUGUGUCCUUCUAUGCUCUGUCCUCCAUCAUGUACGUUUGGUUCUCUUUUUAUGACAAAGGUGCUUGGUGGCUGGUUAAAACUUCUGCCUUGAUACAUGUUUGUUUCCCGACUGCUAGUCCCUUCAUUCUCAUCACUCGAGAACAGUGUGUACACAGGCCCAUGUGGAAGAGGUGA